GCCCGGAGCCCUUGGUUGAGGCGGGAGGAUCAGCAGCCCUCUCCCAACAGUGCAGCCAAGGCCGGGCCAUGGGCAGCGGGAGCAGCAGAAGCAGGCGGGUGCGGAGGCAGCUGCGCAGCCCUGAUAAGAGCCCAGGGGUCCCUGGUGUCCAGGAGUUGAGCGAUGGGCAGCACGGCACUGAGGCCUGCCAGGAGGAGGAGGACGCGAAGGAUGGGCAGGAGGAAGGCUCAAAGAAAAGGGCCCACGGGGACUGCGCUGUCCAAGACUCUGAGUCUCCCCCAAAAGGGGAGGAGAAUGAGCCGGAGUCAGAAUCACUGCUGCUGGACCAGGUAUUGGCCGAGUCGGAAGCCUGGGACCCAGCAUUCGAACCCUGGCCAAGUCGGGCCUCCCGCUGUCGACCGGGGCCGAACCCACACCUGGGUGGGGCUCCCCGCUCCCAGGCGAACCUCAGCAGCAGCGGAGAGAGCAAGGUAUCUCCUGUACAGAGCACUCAGGAUAUAGAGAACAAUAACACCUUUGAGACUUCUACCAGAAGCAGCAAGAGGCCUGAAAGACAAACUCCCAUCUUGUACGACUGCUCAGAAGAGGAGCUGAUGGCAAGCAUUGAGCGGGAGUAUGGCCGCUGAGAGUUGACACGAGCCAGGGAAGACUCUUGAUUUUGGAGGACAGCCCCUGAGCAGUGAAAAAGGCACAUUGUCCAUGGAGAUGGGAGGCAACAUCAGCUUCUGUCCCUGCCCCUUCUCCCCAUCAGCCAGGAGCUCACACAAUACAUAACCCAGUGGGGUCAAGUUAUUCCUCCACUAAGGGAAUCAUCUCUAGUAGGCAACUGGUCAGUGGGGAGGAAGGUGUAGAGCCUUCCAGUAAGACAGCAAUCAUUUUUGAAAUGUAUUUAUAGAUCCUUAGACUAUUAUGUCUUGAUGGGACCUUCGAGAUCAUCUGGUCCAACAUUAGUAUUUUGCAGGUGAGGGAGCUGAGGUCCAGAGAGUCUUAAAGAUAACUUCCUAAGAUCAUACAAGGUGCUAAUGCUGACCAGAACUUGAAACUGGGUCUCUUGAGUAUUCAGCCAGUACUCUUUCUGCUGUACUAUCCUAUAUUCCACUUGAUAGCUGGCUUUUAAAAAUGUGACCUUUCAGAAGUCAGCUCCAAAAGGUAGUCUUUAGCAUGGCUGGCCAUCUCGCAUUGUUGUCUGAAGUGUCUGGCCAAGGACUGACUGUAUUGAGAAUCAUUCUUACAUGGUAUAGUGGAAAGAACACUGUCUCUGAGCAAUCAGAGGACCUGAGCUCAAUUCUCAACUCUAAUAUUUAGCAGCUGUGUGACCUUGGCCAAGUUACUUGUUGUCCAGUCAUUUUCAGUCAUUCCCUCCAGCUCUAGAGAUAUGAUCUAUAAUGAUCCAGACUGGAUAUUUGGCAAACUGAAGGGAAACUAAACUAGGGUGUUCUAUAAGUAACCUGUUCCUCUGUUUAUUCUUUUAAGUGUGGGGGUGGGGAGGGAAAACACUACAUAUUUAAAUUCAAGAGACAGCCUUUUGGGACCAAUUGACCCUUCAUGGGGUCCCAGUUCCCUCAUCUAUGAAAUGAAGGGGUUGAACUGGUCCCUUCCACCACUGACAUUCCUGUGAAUCUAAAUAUUUCCCUGAUGUCUGAAAAACAUCUCUGGCCUGGGCAUAGAGACUGAAAGGCAGCUCAAUACUACUUUAUUUGAAUGUGACUUUGGGUAAGACACUUCCUGUCACAGGGCCUUGUUUCCCCAUCUGUAAAAUGAAAGUGUUAGAGUAGAUGACCUCAAAGAUCCCUCCUAGCUCCCACACCAGCCAACCCUUGUAGCCUAUGUGAUCGCAUCAUUUCACUUAUCUGGAUCUCAGUUUCCUCAUCUAUAAAAUAAAGGUAAUAAUACAACCACCACCCACCCCAUUAUAGGAAAGUGCUUUGUGAAUCUUAAAGGGAUAUGCAAACAUCAGUCAUUUACUAUUAGUCCCACGAUCCAAAUCACUACUUAUUGACUGAGAUGAGGUGAGGAGUCUGAAUUCUAAAUUCUAAUUGAAAAAUUAGUUUGUACUUUUAGACAUUAGAGCAUAAACCGUCCAUUGUGCCUGGAAUAUAAGUGUCACAUUGUCUACCACAAGGGAGAAUGAAUUCCAACAACACUUUAUUUUAAGAAACUCUGUUACCAAAAGUAGAGAUAAGAUAAAAGACACGGAAAUGCGUUUGAGGUUAAGUGGAUUCCUUCUCCUCAUAGUUGCUGUCCAGCUUUCAGGAUCUCACUGUCACUGAAUCUCAGAGCUGGAAUGGAUAUAAUCAGCCAUCUAGUCCACUCAUCCUGGAAAAAAAAAAAUUCCCCACUACAACAUAACUGGUACAGGAUAGUCUUUAAAGAUUCCAGUGAUAAGGAACUCAUUAUUUCCCAAGGCAGCCGCUUCUACUUUGGAAAACCUCUAAUGUUAAGAAGUUUAGGGUUUCCCCCCUGGUUUCAAGCCAAAAUUUACUUCUUUGCGAAUUCUAUUCAUCACUGGUUCUACACUCUGAUAGGGCCAAAUAGAACAAUCUAAUCCCUCUUGUACAGGAAAGCCUUUCAAAUACUUGAAGACACCAUGUUUGUUCCCCCUAACACACACACACACACACACACACACACACACACAUACAUACAUACAUACCCAUUACUCCCCAGCCUUUUCUUCCCCAGGAUAAACUUCCCCCGUUCCUUCAUCUGAUCUUCAUAUGGCACGGAUUUAAGGCCCUUCACAUUCCUGGCUGUCUUCCUCUGGAUGCCCUCCAAUUUAUCGAUUCCUUUCCUAAACUGUGGUACCCAGAACUGAAUACAAUAUUCCAGCUAUUGUCUGCUUCUCCAUUCUACCCCUCAAGAUGAGGCAGGAUUUAGCCCCCUUGGCCUACAAGAAGGUAACCUCCUGACUCUCUGGAGAUGGUUCAAAACUCAGUAAAAUAGAAAUUGCCAACUCCAAAAAAAUAAAAUAGAAAUUGUCUACAUCAACAGACCAAGUAGGUCCUCCCUGGUGACUAGGCCUUAAGAGGCUCUGAGUGCCUGAGAUAGAGUCUCUGUCUCCCCUUCCUCAGCCACAGCUACAUCUAAGGUCAUGGACUCUAGAACUGGGAGAGACCUUAGAGAAUGUCUAAUUCAGGGGCAGCUAGGUGGCGUAGUGAAUAGACCUCU